AUGGGAUAUCCCCCAAACCCUCUAGACCGGUCACCCGAUAUGCCGCCAAAGUCGUGGGCGACGCCCGAGCAACUGCAAUUUUUCAAGGAGAGAAUUCAAGGCUUUCUCGCUGCGCAGAAGGCCAACAAGGUCUCGCAGUUUAUGACGGAGACGGAGAGCGAAUUCUUUGAGAAAUGGCCAGAGCUGACGAAGAUGUACGGGCCAGACGUUGCGCUAGACGACCUCACUGAGGAGCAGAUGACCAAAUACGGUGCCGCCCUGCAAAAGCGGAAGGAUCAAAUGCGCUCCAAAUUCUACAAUGACGUGUACGCGACGCGCCGCGACACGCCAAAGGCCCUGACGCUAGCGGCCCUCCUCCCGGCCGCCCCACCUCCAGCCAAACGCGCGCCGCAGCGUCUAGAAGCGUACUCAAAACUUUACUACCAAGACAAGGUGAAGGCCUCGGUCGCCGAUGCAACCAAGGACGAAGACGUUCCGGAGGCCCGAAACAUCAACAUAGUUCGUCGCGAACUAGCAUCGGCCUUCAGCCUGGAACCUCCGGAGGUUCAGGCCGAAGUCCAAAGUUACAUACAACAGCAGAAGGCAGCCAUCGAACUGGCCAAAAAGGCGGCGGCCACGAUGCCAUCACUCGCCAAUCGCACUCCGGAGGAAUACAAUAGCGCGAUCAAAGAACUACCUCAAUUUCUAGGACCACUACUCAAGGUGGCUUCGGAGUUGACGGGCCUCUCCAUCAGUUGUUACGGGGGAGGGCCCUGGCCGGAGGAAGGUGGGGCGCUGCAGACCUUCAGCUUCCAUAUCGGCAAGACGGCAGCUGGCCACGAUUUUGCUGCUACAUAUGCAGGCCACGAGAAGUAUGUGAUGCAACCCUUCGGGAAGUUCCUUAAUGCGAAAUAUCCCCCCGCUGAACGUGCGCGUCGAGCGCUACCUAGUGGCUCGCGAAGUCCUCUCGUGUCUGCCGACAGCGCGCAGGUGACGACCCAGCCCGCGGGCCCCAGUACUAUCCCCCUAGCUCCUCCUGCUGAUAUUGUCCCCGCUCCCGCUGUUGUCCCUCCUGCGGCCGACAUCACCGCGCCUCGUUCUGAGGUCGUCUCUACGGCCGCCGACGUCGCGGUUCCUCCUGGCCAAGUCGUGGCUCCUUCUCCUGUUGCCGAGUCGAUGGGGACCAUGUCCGUGGUGCCUGAACCAAACGCGCCCGAGCUUGUGCUGCUAUCAGGUGGCGCAGGUGCCGGCAUUCUCCCAGCGUCUGAUUCCUCAACCCCUGGGCUCGAGAACAUCGACAUCAGCUUCAUGCCCAUCCCCGUCGUUCUUCCGACCACGCUGAUGACAUCCGCGAUGGGCUCGAGCACCUUGGCCGCCGACGAUGACAUCUUUACGGCCGAGAACAUUGCACGUUACCUGCCCGCACCCACCAUCAACAACGUCGUCUUCCCGGAGUUCAAUCCCUUACCUUCUACUGUGCAGUCACUGCCCACGAGCGUGGGCCCCUUCGACGCGCCAUAUCGUUUCGCGUCUAGCCCGCCACCUGCUCUUCCGUUUGACCCAUCACUGUGGCUACCCUCGCAAUCUUCGAACGUGUCCUACAUGGACAAGCCGAAUACCAUUGAUGUCCAGGACCCUCUCGCGUCUUUCCCGUUCCCACCGGACACAUCGUCGACAUUCGAGUCUGCGAGUGCCUCAAGCACAGCGUUCACCUUCAACUUUGACUCGAUCGGUGUGCCAUCGCAGCCCACCGCCCAACCCUCUGUCUCUAUGUCCGUGGCGCCUGCCUCGGCCGUGAACGCACAGGAUGGUUCCUUGCGUGAAGACACUUCCACCUCGACACCAGAGCUCACGCCGCCGCUGGCUGCGACCGCGUCGGUGACCUCCCCGCCGGCGACACCCACGUCUACCUCGGUCGCUGCUAUGUCUGAGUCGAUGCCAUCGCCUGAAGCAAUGUCGGUAUCGAUGUCUACGGCUACACCAGUAAUUACUGUGUCCGCCACGCCCGACCAAACGUCUUCGCGUAGCCCAUUAACGGAUGCGAUGCAGCAGUCUACUCAUGGGGGACGACCGCGCCGAGACCGGACAGCUCCCAAGCCUGCGGACGCUGAUUGGCAGCCGCCCAGUGCGCGCGGCAAGGAGAGUCACGGCCCUGCGACAGCUGUAAAGGUGGGAAAGCAAAAGGCAAAUGAAGCUCUGGCUGAGAAGGCCUCGAAGCGUCCACGUACAGUCUGA